UAUGGUUAAAUAAUACGCAUAAGUCAUAUACACUUAUAUAUGCGUUUAAUACAAUUUUCUUAUUGGCGGUUAAAUUACCCAGAAUAUCUAUCGUUUUUAAAAUUUGUCGUCAACCGAAUUCAUGUCUUAUUACAAUUAAAAGUGUAUUUAAAAUGGCAAAAGCUAACCGUGAUGAUACAUUUCGAAUUUUGAUAGCUACUGACAUUCAUCUUGGCUAUCAACAUCAAAGAAAUAAAGGACAACCACUAAACGAUAGUUUUACAACAUUUGAAGAAAUACUUCAAUAUGGUAAAAAAUAUCAAGUUGAUUUUAUACUCCUUGGAGGAGAUCUUUUCCAUGAUACUAAACCCUCCCAAACAGCUAUGAUUGAAUGUAUGGAUUUAAUAAGAAAAUAUUGUUACGGCUCAGGAGACGUCAAAAUGGAAUUUUUAACAGAUCCCAGUAAAAUUUUUGAACAUUGUCGUUAUAAAAGCGUCAAUUAUGAAGACCCAAACAUGAAUAUUAAUAUGCCAAUAUUCACAAUUCAUGGCAACCACGAUGAUCCAAGUUUUAGUAGCGUUGGUUCGAUGGAUAUAUUAUCGGUAGCAGGGCUUGUUAAUUAUUUUGGAAAAUGGAUGAAUGUUGAGAAAUUAACUAUCGAACCCAUAGUAUUAAAAAAAGGUUCUACACACAUCAGUUUGUAUGGUAUGGGUUAUGUCAACGAUCAAAGAUUGCAUAGACUUAUAAAAAAUGAUAAGCUUGUGUUGAAGGAAGUAAAAGAAAUUCCAGAAUGUUUCAAUAUUCUUGUUUUGCAUCAAAAUCGUGUACAGCAUUCAUUAACUGAUUUUGUCCCCGAAAAUAAAUUACCGAAGUUCCUUAAUUUAGUCGUAUGGGGACAUGAGCAUCAGUGUCGUAUCGAACCAGAAUCGGUUGCAGGUGCUGAAUAUUUUAUAUCUCAGCCAGGUAGUUCUAUAGCAACAUCAUUAUGUCAGAAUGAAACAAUACCAAAACAUGUCGGACUAUUAUCUAUAAAUAAGUUACGUUUCAAUAUAAAAAAACUAAAACUAAAUACUGUCAGACCUUUCGUAUUAGAUACUAUAAAUUUAUAUAAAAAUUCGGAAAUAGAAGAAAGAAGAAAUGCAGACUGUGCAAAUCCAAAUAUUAUUAUUAACUAUAUAGAUGAAUAUAUAGAACAUAAAAUUUUACCUAAGGUGUUAACACAAUAUACAGGCCAUCCUAAGCAACCGAAAGAACCUUUAGUUCGUUUACGAAUACUUUAUAAAGACGAAAAUGAUUUAUUUGAAACCACUGGACUCGGCCAAAAGUAUUGCGAUGAAGUACUCAAUCCAAUGAGUAUGAUUUUAUUUCGUAAGAUUUUCGAUAACUCUAAGUCAAGCAAUGAUGAAUUUUUUAAUUCUUCGUUGGAUGAUGUAACGGAAAAAUUUCAGUUUGAAGACGAAGAAACUGGUUGGACACAAAGUGUUCAAGAAUAUAUUAAAGAGUACUUUGAUUUAGAGGAAAACAGAAAUUUGUUAACAGUCUUAUCUGCUGGCGGAUUGAAUGAAACAUUAAGUCAGUAUAUUAUAAAAGGAGAUGAAGAUGCUAUAAAAGAUGUGAUACAAGACCAAAUAAGUAAGAAUAAAGACUACUUGAAGAAACGCAAUUUAAAAACUCCUGAUGAAAUUAUAUAUAAGUUAAGGGAAUAUAGAGAUGAGAAAAAUCAAAAGGAAAACGAAGAAUGUCAAGAUGUAAUUAAUUUCCUACAAACCAGACCAUCUAAAAGAACUCAAAAAAGAAUGCAACCUGAUAAAAAUGAUAGUAAUAAUAGUAAUGAUGACAAUGAUGAUGAUAUUGAUGAGAUCGUUAUCAAUGAUAGCAAUGAUGAAAUGUAUGACAAUGAAAGAAGCACGAGUGGUACAAGUAAAGUUAAAGGAAAAAAAACUACUAGUGCAAGAGGAAGAGCGAGUAGCCGAGGUACUACUGGAAGAAGUUCUAGAGGUUCAAAAACUAAUUCGAUGAACAAAAGUGUAAAAGAAUUCUUUACUUCGAAGUUUUCUGACAAUGCACCUAAAAAACGGAAACAAUUAGAAGAACAGAUGCAGUUAACAAGAAGUCGACAAAAUACUACAUCCUCAAGUCAAUCUAGUCGAUUGAAUGUGACAAAUAUAUUUCUAGAUGAUUCAGAUUAAAAAGCCAUUUAUAUGUGUACCUGUAUUUUUUCCAUACGUCUCUGUGUUAUGCAGUGAUGAUAUUUAUGUUUUUCUAUCUUUAGUUACUAUCAAUCGAUUAAAAUAAUAAUUGUUUUAUGUAUUAAUUUAUUAUCAGUAAAAUUUUUGAUAACAAAUUGUUACGUAUCUUUUCUCAACUAUUGUAAAAUAAUGAAAUAAAUUUACAUCUCUUAUUUUUAAAUAGAUAUAA